AUGACCGACAAUCUGAACGCUAGCCUUGGAUCUGAGACCUGGAUUCCACUGGAUACCACAUCACUCACUAAGCAUUUAUUGAGCACCUACCACCUGCACAGGGCUUCCCUCCAUGCGUUCACAGCCUGCGACCGGAAGUACACACCUAAACAAGGGAAGCCAUUUGGGAGAAGAUCUCGAGCUGUUGAAACGAAGAAAACACUGCAGGAGAUGGAGACCAAAUUCCUGCUCUUUGAAGACGAAACUAAUCAGGGCUGUCGGAUUCGGCCCAAUCGUCCAGACACGCUGCAAGAGUGCGGCUUCAACUCCUCCCUGCCUCUGGUGCUGAUCAUCCACGGGUGGUCGGUGGACGGCUUGCUGGAAAACUGGAUCUGGCAGCUGGUGACUGCACUGAAGUCUCGGCCGGCCCAACCAGUGAACGUGGGGCUGGUGGACUGGAUCGCCCGGGCCCAUCACCAUUACACCAUUGCCGUCCGCAACACCCGCCUUGUGGGCCAGGAGGUCGCAGCUCUUCUCCGGUGGCUGCAGGACUCUGUCCACUUCUCUCCAAGCAAGGUCCACCUAAUUGGGUACAGCCUAGGUGCACACGUCUCGGGAUUUGCUGGCAGUUCCAUGGGCCGAACGCACAAGAUUGGGAGAAUUACAGGGCUGGACGCUGCAGGCCCUUUGUUUGAGGGAGCAUCCGCCAGAGACCGGCUUUCUCCAGAUGACGCCAUCUUUGUGGAUGCCAUUCACACUUUCACCAGAGAGCACAUGGGCCUGAGCGUGGGUAUCAAACAGCCCAUAGCGCACUAUGACUUCUACCCCAAUGGGGGCUCUUUCCAGCCUGGCUGCCACUUUCUGGAGCUCUACAGACAUAUUGCCCAGCAUGGCUUCAACGCCAUCACCCAGACCAUAAAAUGCGCCCAUGAGCGGUCAGUGCACCUCUUCAUCGACUCCUUGCUGUACCCGGGUAUGCAGAGCAUGGCCUACCAGUGCAGCAACAUGGGCAGCUUCAGCCAGGGCCUGUGCCUGAGUUGCAAGAAGGGCCGCUGCAACACACUGGGCUACCACGUCCGCCAGCAGCCGCAGAGCAAGAGCAAGCAGCUCUUCCUCGUGACACGAGCGCAGUCCCCCUUCAAAGUUUAUCAUUACCAGUUCAAGAUCCAGUUUAUCAAUCAAAUUGAGAAACCAGUGGAGCCAACUUUUACCAUGUCGCUAUUCGGAACAAAAGGAGAAAUGCAGAAAAUCCCCAUCACUCUGGGUGAAGGAAUUACUAGUAACAAAACCUAUGCCUUUCUUAUCACAUUGGAUUUGGAUAUUGGCGAGCUGGUCAUGAUCAAGUUCAAGUGGGAAAACAGCGCAGUGUGGGCCAAUGUGUGGAACACAGUGCAGACCCUCAUCCCAUGGGGCACAGAACCCCGCCACUCAGGCCUCACUCUGAAGACCAUCAGAGCCAAAGCAGGAGAAACCCAGCAAAGAAUGACAUUUUGCUCAGAAAACACGGAUGAUCUUCAACUUCUCCCAACCCAGGAGAAAAUCCUUGUGAAAUGUGAAACAAACUCUAAAAAAUCAAACCGAAAGAUCAGAUGAGCUUUAAUGAAGACCUGCUGUAAAGAAUAAAUGAAUCCUAUUCCUUA